AUUGCAGCUCGUCGUCGGCGUGCUCGUCGUUCGGCUACUAUCCACCAUGUGUCGGCUUCACAGCACACACCUCUGCAGUGCCCUGGCGCACGUGCCAGACCUGCUCCGGAUCACGGGACCCUUAUUGGGUGCCCUGCUCCCUAGCCUUGGAACAUGGAACAUGGAACAUGGAACCGCCAGCCCAGCCUUUUCACGACUCAGUUGCAGGCGGCGUCGGGGAACCGGGUCGUCUCCAUGGGCCAUAAUUACGUCGACUGUGAUGCUUGCUCGACAGCCUUGCGAACCCUUCUUGUGCACGACUCGAUACAAGGACCACGCUAUCAUAGAUUGGAGCUUGUCCCGACGCCCUGGCUUCGUUUCGCGACUGGCCACGACGUCUUCGUCUCCUUCCCUCUCCCAGCAUCUCGGCGCUUUGUUUUUUUUGGCAUAAUUACGGGCUUCUACUGCAUGCAUGUGCCUUCGCUACCUUCUUCUCGACUGCUCCCUGAUUAUCGCGACGCCGUUUCCCUCUCCCACCUCGACCUUCACGUGACGGGAAAAAUCUGCCCCAGCCCCCCAACCUCGCGCUUCAAACAGCUUGAUCUAGAAAUACAUGCGCUGACAAGUGUGGUUGGCCCAGAGCGCAGUACGACGCGCACCGCCCGACUCAGCUCGCUGGUACAGACGCAGUGUCCAAGCAGCACGGCGACUGUGACCGCUUAGCCUCUGCUAGACGACGGCGAUUUUGAGCCGCUCGUCCCUCUGUGGCACACACCGCCACAGAAGGCGGCGAGGAGCACUUCUCGUCAUUUUCCUCCUGGCCUCGCAGCAAGCUGCUCGCUCACGCAAAUCCACAGCAUGUCGCAACGGGAGUACCACAUA